AUGGUUCAGGCACUCAAGCCUGACAACUCGAGUCCAAUCUCUGGGAUCCAUAUUGUGGAACAACGUUCUAAAUUGGUAAAUAGUAUAGUGAUAGAAAAUUUCACAAGUAAUGAUUUUUGGUCCUCCAUUUUAGAAGUUUGGGAAGUUGAUGAACAGAUGGAGAAACAACAGGAAACACUUGUGAGGAAAGUCACAUCCAUCUCCAAGAAAUCUCUGACUAAAGAAAAUGUCAUUGACUGUAAAAAGGUUGCAAAAAUCUUUCCUCUGAGCUCAGAUUUCAUUACUUCAAGACAAAACCUCUAUGAUUGUGACUCAUUUAGUAAGUGUUUGGAACAAAAAUUAGAAAUACUUAAUUGGAAGAAAGGCUGUGUAAGAGACAGAAACUUUGAAUGUAAUGCAUAUGGAAUGCCAUUUUCCCAUUGUUCACCCUGUGCCGUAGUUCCCUUUAAAUGUAAUCAGUGUGGACGAGACUUCGUUCAUAAAUUUGACCUCCUCAGUCAUGAGAAAAAUCAUGCUGGAGAAAAACCUUAUGCCUGUAAAGAAUGUGGAAAAUCCUUUAGUAGAAAAGAAAAUCUCAUUACACAUCAGAAAAUUCAUACUGAGGAGAAACCAUAUUUGUGUAAUGAGUGUGGAAAAGCUUUCAUUCAAAUGUCUAGCCUCAUUAGACACCAAAGAGUUCAUACUGGGGAGAAACCUUAUGCAUGCAAGGAUUGUUGGAAAGCUUUCAGUCAGAGAUCAAAUCUCAUUGAACAUGAGAGGAUCCACACGGGAGAAAAACCUUACGAAUGUAAGGAAUGUGAAAAAUCCUUCAGCCAGAAGCAAAAUCUUAUUGAGCAUGAGAAAAUUCACACUGGGGAGAAACCUUAUACUUGUAAUGAGUGUGGUCGAGCUUUCUCUCGAAUGUCAGCUGUUACUCUGCAUAUGAGAAGUCACACAGGGGAAAAACCCUACAAAUGUAAUAAGUGUGGAAAAGCUUUCUCUCAGUGCUCAGUGUUUGUUUUACAUAUGAGAAGCCAUACAGGUGAGAAGCCAUAUGUAUGUAGUGAGUGUGGGAAAGCCUUCUCACAAAGUUCUUCCCUUACUGUACAUAUGCGAAAUCAUACCUCAGAGAAACCCUAUGAGUGUGAUGAGUGUGGAAAAGCCUUCAGCCGGAAAGAAAAUCUUAUUACACAUAAGAAAAUUCAUACUGGAGAGAAACCUUAUGAAUGUAAUGAGUGUGGGAAAGCUUUUAUUCAGAAGUCAAACCUCAUUAGACAUCAGCGAGUUCACACUGGUGAGAAGCCGUAUGCAUGUGCAGUGUGUGGGAAGACCUUUGGCCAGAAGUCAAAUCUUACUGAGCAUGAGAAAGUUCACACUGGAGAGAAGCCUUAUUGUAAUCAGUGUGCAAAAGCCUUUAGUCAGAGACAAAAUCUCCUUGAACAUGAAAAAAUCCAUACUGGAGAGAAACCAUUUAAAUGUAAUAAAUGCGGUAAAGCCUUUUCUCGAAUCUCAUCCCUUACUCUUCAUGUGAGAAGUCACACAGGGGAGAAGCCUUAUGAAUGUAAUAAAUGUGGAAAAGCCUUCCCUCAGUGCUCACUACUUAUUAUACAUAUGAGAAGUCACACUGGUGAGAAGCCAUUUGAAUGUAAUGAAUGCGGGAAGGCAUUUUCUCAAAGAGCAUCCCUUUCUAUACAUAAAAGAGGUCAUGAGGUGAGAAACGCCCAGUGGACUAACUGA